AUGGUUCCACCGAGUCCCCAAAAGAGUAUAGAUUGGGCCAACCUGUCGCCAAAGCAAUACCUUCCCCUCAAUGGUCAUAUUGAAGCUCGCUUCCGAGCAUCCACUGGCCAGUGGACUGCUCCCACACUAGUCGCCGGCACUGAAAUUUCAGUAUCUGGUCUCAGCCCUGGGUUGAACUAUGGCCAGCAGUGCUACGAAGGUCUCAAGGCAUUUCGCACCAUCGAUGGGCGCAUAAACGUGUUCCGACCCCAGUUCCACGCCUCGCGAAUUCGGCGUUCGGCCGGAUCCGUGUGCCUCCCACCACCGCCCGAGGAUCUAUUCCUAGAAUGUAUCCGACGUGCGGUGGCCGAGAAUGCGGAGUACGUGCCACCAUCCGAAUCGGACGCUUUUCUCUACAUCCGCCCGGUUCUUUUCGGUGCCUCGACGGGCCUUUGGGGUCCAUGUGACGAGAUCAUCCUGGCGGUCUUUGUUCAUCCCGCAAAGCCUCAGCACGGCGCGGAUGCGGUCGCAGGCGUUGUUUGCGAUGAGUUUGACCGGUGUGCUCCGCGAGGCACGGGCAGCUUUAAGGUCGGGGGUAAUUACGCACCAGUCUGGAGGCAUGUGGCAAAGGCCGCAUCGCUGGGAUAUGGUAUUAUGCUGCACCUUGACAGCGCGACGCAUUCGUUCGUUGAAGAAUUCUCGACAAGUGGCUUCCUUGGUCACAGGAUCGGGGAAGAUGGCCAGCACAUCCUUGUCAUCCCUGCAACUGAAAAUGCCAUUCAGAGCACCACGAGCGAUAGUUUGGUGAAGAUCGCUGAACAGGCAGGAUGGACUAUUGAGAAAACCAGGCUUCCCUUCUCCUCGAUCCGCGACCUUGACGAGGUUAUAUCCUGUGGCACUGCUGCCGCCGCGACUCCGAUCAAGUGUCUUGAGAGGCCAUCUACAGGAGAGAAAUACGAGUUUGGGCCCUCAUAUGAGAAUUGGAAGCUCAUGCAGCUCGCGAACACUUUGACCAGCAUCCAGCGCGGGAGGGCAGAAGACAGAGAAGGCUGGUGUUGGGAGAUCACCGGAUUCCCCAGUCAAACAGAGGCUGGGGAUGAAAAUGCUCAGUUAACUUCCACCAGCUGGUCCGGCCUCAAGUGGGACUUGAUUUCGCCGAUCAAAAUGCUGCUCCCUGUUGCGGGACUUCUUGGGCUGCAUCAAGGGAUCAGUGCAGAUCUGCGUCGCUUUUGGAAGUAA